CCAUAAAUAACAUGGCCAUCACCUUUCUUUUAUAGUACUCGUGUAAUGAGCAAAGAAAUCAUGCGUUCAUAUACUCUCGUUACACUUGCAUUGUUCCUAAAUUUGUUUUUAUUUUUGUGUGAAGCUAAUUCUAAUCCAAAUUCAAUCUAUGAAUCUUUCCUCAAAUGCCUUCCGGCACUGUCACCUCAACAUGACCGAAACUUUUCUCCAAUUGUGUAUAGUCCCACUGCUAACUCGUCCGCCUACACCACCGUCCUACAAGCUUACAUAAAAAACCGUCGUUUAAACACCACCUCCACCCCUAAACCCGCAAUAAUCAUUACCCCAACCAAGGCAUCCCAUGUUCAAGCAACCGUUCUCUGUGCUAAGAAACUUAGUGUCCAAAUAAAAAUUCGUAGCGGUGGGCAUGAUUAUGAAGGAAUCUCGUAUCUUUCAUCCGAAAAGAAGUUCAUUGUGCUUGACAUGUUUCAUUUCCAAAAGGUUGAUGUUAACAUCGCCAAUGAAACCGCUUUUGUCCAAGCUGGAGCUCAGUUGGGUGAAUUAUAUUACCGAAUUUGGGAGAAGAGCAACGUUCAUGGGUUUCCAGCCGGAGUGGGUCCCACUGUCGGGGUUGGUGGACAUCUAAGCGGUGGUGGUUAUGGCACCAUGCUUAGAAAAUACGGGUUAUCAGUUGAUCACGUAAUUGAUGCCCAAAUUGUUGACGUGAAAGGCAAUAUCUUAGAUAGGAAGUCAAUGGGCGAGGAUCUUUUUUGGGCUAUACGCGGGGGAGGUGGUGCUAGUUUUGGUGUUAUAUUAUCCUACACAGUAAAACUAGUCCCGGUUCCUAAAGUUAAUACUAUUUUUCGGGUAAUGAAAACCAUGGAUGAAAAUGCAUUAGAGCUUGUGUAUAAAUGGCAAUCGGUUGUUCCUGCAAUCGACAAUGAUUUGUUUAUCCGAGUUCUAUUACAACCAAUGACCUUGAACAACACAAAGACUGUCCGGGCCUCAUUUAUAGCACAUUUCCUAGGUGAUUCCCGAAGAUUAGUUACUUUAAUGAACAAAAGCUUCCCGGAAUUAGGUUUAAGAAAAGAAGAUUGCAUUGAAGUAAGUUGGAUUCAAUCCGUGCUUUAUUGGGCAAACUUGGAUUACAACGCAACUGUCCCCAAGAUCCUCCUAGACCGCCACUCUGACAAAGUUAACUUCUUAAAGCGUAAGUCAGACUAUGUGCAGACCCCGAUAUCCAAAUCUGGGUUGAAGUCCAUAUUCGACAAGUUGUCUGAAUUGGGUAAAGCUGGUUUUGUUUUUAAUCCCUAUGGUGGGAGAAUGAAUGAAGUUGCAGUGGAUGCAACUCCAUUCCCUCACCGAGCUGGAAACUUGUUCAAGAUCCAGUACUCGGUGAACUGGAACGAUGAUGAUCCAAAACUAGAGAAAAAUUACACGAAUCAAAGUAAGGUUUUGUAUAGCUUCAUGACAAACUAUGUAUCGAAGAAUCCAAGAGGUUCAUUCUUGAACUAUAGAGACUUGGAUAUCGGUGUCAUGAAGGGAACCGGCAAGAGUGGUUACAAUUCCGGAAAAGUUUACGGGGAGAAGUAUUUCAUGAGUAACUUUGAGAGAUUGGUGAAGGUGAAAACUGUUGUUGAUCCUGAUAAUUUUUUCAGGAAUGAACAAAGUAUACCUAUUCUUCAUACAAAAUGCAAAGGAAAGUCCACCUAGGAAGAUGACGACGAAGUAUGCUUAAUUUUGUCUGUGGUAUUUAUUUACUACUAACUAAUACUCGUAUAUAUUAUUUCAUGUUCAAAACUAUAUUUUAUGUACCAUAUUAUUGUUUUAAGUAUACAAAAGUUUGAUGUGCUCAA